AAACCUUUCCUUCUCCGUCCUAGAGAGAGAAACUGCAGAAUUUGGCGAGGAGAGAGAGAGAAGACGAUAUACAUACACAACUAUAACAACAAUAGCUCCGUCAAUUUUACACAAACUGGAGCUCAGAAUGCUAUAAUAUAUAUAUCAAUCACGCACAGAAUCGUAACCCUAAUUAGCGAAAUCGUUAGACCGAGGAUAGAAGGAUGUGGUAGCAUUGGAAUAAGUUUAUUAAAGAUGGCGGGGCUAGAGGAAUUAAAAAAGAAACUCGUACCGCUAUUUGAUGCGGAGAAGGGGUUUUCUUCAGGGUCAACUUUGGAUCCUUCUGAUUCUUAUAUGCUGUCGGAUGGUGGGACGGUUAACUUACUCAGUAGAUCUUAUGGAGUGUACAAUAUCAAUGAGCUUGGAUUGCAAAAAUGCACAUCGAGACCGGUGAAAGAUGUGGAUGAAACGGAGAAAACAUAUCAAUGUGCUUCACAUGAAAUGAGAAUAUUCGGAGCUAUAGGCAGUGGUGCAAGCAGUGUUGUUCAAAGGGCGAUUCAUAUUCCUACUCAUAGGAUAAUCGCGUUAAAGAAGAUCAACAUCUUUGAGAAGGAGAAAAGGCAACAACUUCUUACCGAGAUAAGAACAUUAUGCGAGGCCCCUUGUUAUCAAGGUCUUGUUGAAUUUUAUGGAGCGUUUUACACGCCUGAUUCAGGGCAAAUAAGUAUUGCUCUAGAAUACAUGGAUGGCGGUUCUUUAGCUGAUAUUAUAAAAAGACAAAGACGUAUACCUGAAGAAGUCCUUUCUCCGAUGGUUAAAAAACUCUUGCAAGGACUAAGUUACUUGCAUGGAGUUAGGUACUUGGUCCACAGAGACAUAAAGCCUGCAAAUCUGCUUGUGAAUCUUAAGGGAGAAACAAAAAUAACAGACUUUGGGAUAAGUGCUGGUUUAGAGAAUUCUAUGGCAAUGUGUGCUACAUUUGUUGGAACUGUAACAUAUAUGUCACCUGAACGAAUCAAAAAUGAAAAUUAUUCAUAUCCCGCUGAUAUUUGGAGCCUUGGUCUUGCUCUAUUUGAGUGCGGUACUGGAGAAUUUCCAUAUACAGCAAACGAAGGACCUGUUAAUCUUAUGUUGCAGAUCCUGGAUGACCCGUCUCCAUCACCACCAAAAGACGUUUUUUCUCCAGAAUUCUGUUCGUUCAUCGAUGCUUGUCUGCAGAAAGACGCCGAUGCAAGACCAACAGCUGAACAGCUUCUUUCACAUCCAUUUAUCACAAAAUAUGAGGAUUCCAAAGUGGAUUUAGCAGCAUUUGUCCGUAAUAUUUUCGAUCCAACACAAAGAAUGAAAGAUUUAGCAGAUAUGCUAGCAGUACAUUAUUAUUUACUUUUUGACGGGUGUGAUGAACUUUGGCAAUACGCAAAGAGUUUUUAUAACGAAUCUUCGACUUUCAGCUUCUCGGGGAAAGAAUCUAUUGGCCCAAAUGAUAUUUACACCACUUUAUCAAGCAUUAGGAGUACAUUAGCUGGCGAAUGGCCUUCUGAUAAACUUGUGCAUGUGGUUGAGAAGCUGCAAUGUAGAGCUCACGGGGAAGAUGGAGUUGCAAUUAGGGUUUCAGGCUCAUUUAUUGUUGGAAACCAGUUUCUUAUAUGUGGAGAUGGUAUACAAGCAGAGGAUGUUCCGGAUUUUAAGGAUCUUAAUAUUGAUAUACCGAGCAAACGAAUGGGAACGUUUCAAGAACAAUUCAUUAUGGAAGCUGGAAAUAUCAUUGGCCGAUACUCCAUUGCUAAACAAGAGCUUUACAUCAUCCAGUAGAUUACUAAUAACAGGUGGUGAGCUAUAUAUCACACCUCGUGAAGGGAUCUACGCGUGAAGGGGGUUGUUCGUUCUUGCUAGAACCUAUGUUUGCACAUACGUUAACGUUCUACCUAAGUAUAAUGUAUUUAACCUUAACGUUCUAUCUGUGUAUGUAACUUUGUAUGUGACAGUUGCAACAUAUCGGAUACCCUUCUAGUAACUUGCUCAACAUAUAUUUAAAUGAUGUUGAGAAACAUAGUUGUUUACCGAAUACACUUUGUUAAUUCAAGUAGUAGUAUCAAAAUUUUUAUUUUUAUUUUUAA